UUACAAGCACCCUCUCCCGCUUUCUCUCUCUCCUCAAAAUUCCACUUUGCUUUGUAGUUUGGUCUCAUUUCACAAAUGGGUUUGGUUUUGUUUGGUUUCUUUUAGAUUUUGUUUUAGAUUGUGUUACAUGAUCCUUAAUAAUACCAUGUUUCAAUACUAUGUUAUUGUCCUUGUUUUUUUGUAUAGUCAAUGAUGAUGUUUUUUUUUUUUUGAGACAUGAAUUGAAUUAUUGUUUUUAAUUGAAGUUUGAGACUUUAUGGUAUGAAAAAUUGUUUAUAAGAAUUUUUAGAAGAUGGGGUUUGGGAAUAAGAAUGUAAUUAAAGCAGGAAGUUUGGAAGUUGACAAGUCAAAGGUUGAUGUUGUAAAGAAAGAGAGAAGAUGUUGGUUUAGAUUCAGUUGUGUUGGAUGCUGUAUACCUUCAAGAUCAAAAUUGGAUAGGUCAAUUUGUUGCAAUGGCAAUACUAGUACACAAAAUGGCGAUAAUACCAAGUCAGUAAUAAUUCAAUCAGAAGAAAACAAAUCUACAUCUGAAACAAACACAAAGGAAUCAAUUGGUCUUGUAGAUUCCUCUACAACAACUAGCAAUGGGGAGAGUAUCUCCUCCACUUCGAAAUUCAGCGAGGAGUUGAAGGUUGCUUCUUGUUUAAGAAAAUUCACAUUCAAUGGACUUAAGGUAGCAACUAGGAAUUUCAGACCAGAAAGUCUUCUAGGUGAAGGAGGUUUUGGUUGUGUCUUCAAAGGUUGGAUUGAAGAGAAUGGAACUGCGCCUGUGAAACCGGGUACCGGACUUACGGUUGCGGUUAAGAUCCUUAAUCACAAUGGACAUCAAGGUCACAAAGAAUGGCUUGCUGAAUUAAACUAUCUGGGCGAUCUUGUUCAUCCUAAUCUUGUUAAAUUGAUAGGCUUCUGUAUUGAAGAUGAUCAAAGAUUAUUGGUUUAUGAGUUUAUGCCGCGAGGAAGUUUGGAGAAUCACCUCUUCAGAAGACCCUUGCCUCUACCAUGGUCUAUCAGAAUGAAAAUUGCACUCGGUGCUGCAAAAGGUCUCGCUUUUCUCCAUGAAGGAGCUCAGAGACCUGUGAUAUAUCGUGAUUUUAAGACAUCUAAUAUUCUAUUAGAUGCGGAAUAUAAUUCGAAGCUUUCUGAUUUUGGACUUGCGAAAGAUGCUCCUGAGGGUGAAAAAACACAUGUAUCAACAAGAGUUAUGGGAACAUAUGGUUAUGCUGCUCCGGAAUAUGUGAUGACUGGUCAUCUGUCAUCAAAAAGUGAUGUCUACAGCUUCGGAGUUGUGCUGCUUGAAAUGCUCACCGGUCGACGAUCCAUUGAUAAGAAAAGACCAAAUGGAGAGCACAAUCUGGUGGAAUGGGCAAGACCUGUACUUGGAGACAGGAGGUUGUUCUAUCGAAUCAUCGAUCCCCGCCUCGAAGGUCACUUUUCGGUUAAAGGAGCACAGAAAGCAGCACAACUAGCUGCUCAGUGCCUUAGUCGCGAUCCAAAAUCUAGACCUUUGAUGAGUGAAAUUGUCCAUGCUUUAAAGCCUUUGCCAAACCUUAAGGAUAUGGCCAUAUCAUCUCAUCAAUUCAAGAUUGCACGCGUUGAUCGUACCAUGUCCAUGCCUAAUUCUAAAAACGGUAUUAGAACUGAUUUAGCAUCUUUACCAAAGGGUCAGCCGAAAAGGACCAUGUCGAGUUCAAAUUAUGGACAUGGUUCUCCUUAUCCUCGUCAUGGCAAGUCUCCGAAACCUAUUGUGUAAGAAUGACUCUUUAGUAACUUUACUUCGCUAUCCUCGUCAUUUCAACAUCAACUGUUUCUUUUUAUCUUGAGAGUUUCUCAGAAACCUGAUGGACUCAUUAAAGACAAAAGCUUGUUCACUGUUUAAUCUCAAAUUGGACAAGGCCACAAGAUAAUUCGAUAUUAUAAUAUGUAGCACCGCCGACACUUCAUAUCAAUUGUGUCAGACACCUCCACAUGUAGUUAGUUACAUUCAGUUUCUUUCAUUUUCUUAAAUUGUUAUUGACGUCUUCGUGUCAGUGUCGUGUCUGGUAUCUUUGUCGGUGUUUCAUAGGUAUUAUAUAGUAGGGACUAGAUUGACAGAAUGGGAAGAACUAACUGUCAUACAUAUGGAGAAAUGUUAUUCACUGAACUCAUUACUUUUCCACCUUAUAAUUCUUCCUUUCAUAAUGUAUUUUUGUAAAGAAGAAAAAGGUGGUGUUAAUUCAUGUAAGUGAUAGACUUUUAUAUGAUGAUUCAACAAUAUAUACAUUUCAGUAAAUGUAUGUACUUAUUAAUGUAACUAGAGAGCUAUACUUGUUUGAGAAACAUGGUAGAGUUUGAAACAACUUAUGAAGUGUAGGUUAUUUUCUUUUC